GGGCGAUAAUCCACAAGUAUUUUUGUUGAAGUGUGCUGUCCAGAAAUAUGCAUGGGGACGGAUUGGGGAGGACAGCGAAGUGGCCAAACUCUCUCAAAGUGCUGAUCCAUCAUUUAAAAUCGCACCUGGUGAACCAUAUGCAGAGCUGUGGAUGGGAACGCAUCCCAAUGGCCCAUCCGUGGUGGUUAUUCCGGGAAAGACUGACCAAUCCCUGAGUGACUGGAUUAAAAACAAUCCCGACAGCCUCGGCUCCGAGCCAAAGACAUACUUCAAAGGAGAGUUGUCUUUCCUGUUCAAGGUGCUCUCUGUUAACACGUCACUGUCUGUCCAGGCUCAUCCUCAUAAGGUACAUGCUGCUCAGCUUCAUGAGAAAUUCCCUGACCUGUAUAAGGACAGUAACCACAAACCCGAAAUGGCAAUAGCCCUAACUCCAUUUAUGGGCCUUUGUGGUUUUAGACCUAUCGCUGAAGUUGCCAAGUUUAUGACAGAGAUUGAUGAAUUCCGAGUCGUCGUGGGCAACAACAAUGCCAUCAAGCUGAUCGCUGCCAGUCGCAGUAUGGACAUGGUGAUGCACCGAGAGGUGAUGAAGGAGUGUUUCAGCGGAAUGAUGAUGCAGGACAAAGACAUUGUGAAGAGAGAACUCGAAAGCCUGAUGGCCAAAGUGAAAAGUCUUGACACCAAUAAAGGCGAUGCAGAAAAGCAUGUGAGCGACGUCCUGCUGAAGUUAUCCAAAGAAUUCCCCGGAGACGUUGGCGCCUUCUCCAUCUACUUCCUCAACAUCAUCACACUGGUACCGGGCGAGGCCAUGUUCCUAGAGGCCAAUCUACCUCACGCCUACCUAUCUGGAGACUGCAUGGAGUGUAUGGCGUGCUCCGACAAUGUGGUCCGGGCUGGGCUGACGUUUAAGUACGUCGAUGUGCACACACUCGUAGAAAUGUUGGACUACACAGGAAGAUCGAUCGCCAAGACCAAGUUCAAGGGUUUGGAGGAUGGAACUGAUAUCCGGACGACUGUCUUCAAACCGCCAGUGUACGAGUUUGCUGUAGCUAGAUACGAGGUGCCAGCUGGAAAAAAUGUUUCGCUUCCUGCAAUGGACAGUGCGAGUAUUGUAAUUUUAAUACACGGAGAAGGAAAUGCCUCCAAUCGGACUUUGUCAUCGCCCCUGCACGUAAAGAGAGGUUCAGUGUUCUUCAUCGCGGCUAACGAGGAAGUAAAUGUGACACCGACCAGUAAUAUUCUCAUGUUUAGAGCCUACACAUCAUUGUGAUUAGUUUGGUGCUAUCUUAUUAUUAGAAAAUGUAUUGCACAUUUGUUGGGGUUGAAAAGUAAGAGUGUAGCUUUUGAUGCUAAGUAAAGUAUUGGGAUGUUUGUCACUUUGUAACCUGGGAAAUAGCAGGGUUUUAACUGACAAGUUUAUUAGUCUUUUGUAGAUCAAUGUGUUUGAAAUUUCAGUUCCAUUGUGCUCGCAUGCACUUGGAACUUACUCAUUAUUAUGAUUAUAUUUUCAGGGUUUGAACGUAAGAAUUUAAUACCAAUUUAAUGGCAAUUUUGAAAGGUUUUUGCCCUUGUCAAAAUGCUCACCUUUGACAAUUUUGAGCUUUCCUGCAUCAAAUUUAAACUAAUAAUAUUUGCAGCAAAUAAACAUAAAAUAAAAACCCCAAAAAGGCUAUGAUUUUUAUUCAGUCGCCAAAAUAUGCUAAAGACCCUGACCUGUGACAGUUCGUAUCAUCGCAAUUGCUGUUGGUGCUGCUGAUAGCCAAAGCAGUGGUGAUAUCUUUUACAUUUUACAGCUGCAUGCAUUUGAUAUUUUCCAGUCACAAGGUUUAAUCUGUCAUGAUGCAUGUAAAAAAGCUCAGUUUUUUGCCAUGGACAGCAAAGUAAACAAACUGAUUUGGUAUUUUUAUUGCA